AUGCCCCUUUUCCGCCACCACCCCGAUUCCCCCUUUCCGCCGCCCGAUUCCCUUUCCCGCCGCCGAGUACCCAUUUCCCGUCGCCCUAUUCCCCUUCCCGCUGCCCAUUCUCCCACAUCCCGCUGCCCAUUCGUCCGGUCCCCCGCUCCAUUCCUACCUUCCCUACCUUCCCCGCCCCCAUUCCUCUCCCAUUCCCCCAUUCCCCUCACAGCCUCCCUUUCUUCCCUCCUUCAAUCUCCCUUCCCUUCCUUCCUGUCCCUUCCUCCCUCACUCCCUUCCCUCCCUUCCCUCCCUUCUCUCCUUCUUCCUCUUCCCUGCCUUCUCUCCCCUCCCUCCCUUCAGCCCCUCCCUUCCCUCCCUUCUCUCCCUUCUCUCCCUUCCCUCCCUUCUCCCUUUCCCUGCCUUCCCUCCCUUCCCUCCCUUCCCUCCCUUCCCUCCCGCCCCUCCCUUCUCUCCCUUCUCUCCCUUCUCUCCAUUCCCUGCCUUCUCUCCCUCCCUCCCUUCCCUCCCUUCUCUCCCUUCCCUCCCUUCUCUCCCUUCCCUCCCUUCUCUCCCUUCCCUGCCUUCCCUCCUUCCUUCCCUUCCCUGCUUCCCUCCUUCCUUCCCCCUUCCCUCCCUUCCCUCCCGUCCCCCCUUUUCUCUCCCUUCUCUCCCUUCUUGCCUUCUCUCCCUUCUCUCCCUUCCCUGCCUUCCCUCCCUUCCCUCCCUUCUCUCCCUUCUCUCCCUUCUCUCCCUUCCCUGCCUUCUCUCCCUUCCCUCCCUUCCCUCCCUUCACUCCCUUCCCUCCCUUCUCUCCCAUCCCCCCCUUCCCCCCCUUCCCUCACUUCUCUCCCUUCCUUGCCUUCCCUCCCAUCAUUGAUCCCCUCCCCUACCACAUACAACAUACUCCCAUCUGACCUCCCCUUCCCCUGCCACCUACUCCCAUCUCAUCGCCUCUCCCCUACCACCUCUCCUGGCCCUAUCAGGCACUCUUUGCUCACCUCCCAUCCCCCUACCAGGGGCAUUCUUCUCACCUCCCCUCCCCUACCUCUUCUUACACCCUCCUGCAUCCCCCUCUCCCCAUGCCUGCAUCCCCCUCUCCCCAUGCCUGCAUCCCCCUCUCCCCCAUGCCUGCAUCCCCCUCUCCCCAUGCCUGCAUCCCCCUCUCCCCAUCCCUGCACACCCCCCUCUCCCCAUCCCUGCACCCCCCUCACCCCAUCCCUGCAUCCACACAUCUCCGCCUCCCAUUCUCCAUACUCUCACUUUCCUCACUUCUCUCCCUCCCCUCCCUUUUCUCCCAUCCAUGGUCUCUUCCUUCAGUCCCUUCCGUCCCCUCCCUCCCUUGCCUCCCUUCCCUCCCUUCCCUCACCUACCUCCCCUUUCCGGGCCCUUCUCUCCCUUCCCUCCCUUCUCUCCCUUCCCUCCUUCCCUCCUCCCUUCCCUCCCUCUCUCCUCUUCCCUCUCUUCCCUAGCCUUGCAGCCUUCCCUCCCUUCCCUCUCCUACCUCCCCGCGAUUUCCCUUCUCUCCCAUCCCGCCGUUCUCUCCCUUCCCUCCCUUCCCUCCCUUCCCUCCCUGCAUCUCCCUUCCCUCCCUUCCCUCCCUUCCCUCCCUUGUCUCCCUUCCCUCCCUUCCCUCUCAUCCCUCCCUUCUCAACCUUCCCUCCCUUCCCUCUCUUCCCUCCCUGCGAUCUCUUUCCUCCCUUCUCUUCCCGCCCCAUCUUCACCUCAAUCCUCUCAGCACCGCCCCCAUCAGCGCCAAACAUUUUGGGCCGCCCCUUGUCCGCUGCCUCCCUUUUGUUCAUAACAUCCCGCCUCCCCCAUCUCCCUGCCCCGCCUCCCCAUCUCCCAUUCCUCUCAGGUCCUCUUUUUCUGCCUUUCAGGCCCACCUCUUCAUCCUCACCCCUCCACUUCGCCUCCCCAUCUCCCUCUUCAACUCUCCUACCCCACUUCCUCAUCUCUUCGUCGUCUAUUCCCUCCUUCCGUCCCCAUCCUUUCACUUCCACCCUCCCUCCGUCUAACACCUUCUCCUCCCACCUUCCUUCCUCGCAUCUCCUCUUUUCCCCCCUCCGUCCCAUGCUUCCACCUUCCGCCCCAUCCCCGCCCCGUUUUCAGCGUUCCUGA